AUGGCCAGAGGUGAGAGUGGCAUGGUGGUGGCAUGCCAUGCCACGGCAUGGCAUGGUCUGGCCAAGUUGAGCCUCUCCAGUGCUGGGCAAGUGGUGCUACUGGUGCUGAGGGGUGAGAGGAGGUGCCAGGGGUGCAGUGGUGGCUCAGGUUGGACCAAGUCCAAAGUAAAAAUUCAGUAUGGGCUCAAGAUGGCCGAUAGAACAUGGAUUACUAAAGGAGUGCGAAGGCUUUCCAAUGAACACCGCAAGGGAGUGGAAGAGUUCAUGCUACAUGUUCGCACAGUUUUUGCCGAGGGUGUUCACAUCUUUUGCCCAUGCAAGCACUGUAUGAACAGAAAACAACUACCUCAAGGAAGAGUUGAAGAUCAUUUGCUCCUUAAUGGGAUGGCCAGCACAUAUGAUAGAUGGAUCCAUCAUGGAGAACCUUUACAUGUUGUACCUGAACAUGCUGAACCUGAACAUGCUGAACCUGAACAUGCUGAACCUGAUGCACAAGGACACCAUGGUGAUGAUGCAAGCUUUGAUUUAAUCGAAGAUGUUCUGCAAGAUGGUUUGGAGAAAGAGGAUGGGUUUGAAGAUGAUAUAAUUCCUGACCUGUUGAGGGAUAUGUACAUGUCUGAAGACCUUGAGGAUGGACAGAGGUCAUUGUUUGCCGAUGUGAUAGAAGAGGCGAAGCGAGCUGCUGUUGAAGGGGGUAAAUUUUCAAGAUUUACCUUCACUGUGAAGUUACUCCACGUCAAGUCUUUCUAUCGGAUCAGCAAUGCUGCAUUCAAUGCAAUACUCCAUAUUUUGAACUUGCAGUUCCCUAAUAGCUCGGUUCCCAGGUCUUAUGAUGAUGCAUUGAGGAUAAUCCGCAAACUGGGUCUGGGUUAUGUUUCGAUCCAUGUCUGCCCGAAUAAAUGUUUCUUGUUUCGGAAGGACUAUGCCAAGCUUGACAAUUGCCCUAAAUGCAACGCCUCGAGGUGGAUAGAUGCAGAUGGGAAGAAGCGGAUACCGGCGAAGGUUUUGAGGCACUUUCCAUUGACUCCAAGGUUGAAAAGGAUGUUCAUUUCAGAGAAAGGAUCGGAGGAGGUACAGUGGCACAAGCUCAAGCGCCAACCUGUGGAUAAUGAGCUCAGCCAUCCAGCUGAUGGAGAUGCAUGGAAGGACUUCAACGAUACAUAUAAAGACUUUGCCGCUGAUGCAAGAAACAUAAGGCUCGGGAUUGCCACGGAUGGUUUUAACCCAUUUGGAAACAUGAGUAACUCCUACAGUAUGUGGCAAGUUUUUGUGGUGCCCUACAACCUUCCGCCAUGGGCAUGUAUGGACCAGUCAAACUUUAUGAUGGCGUUGCUGAUUCCAGGUCCAGAGUCUCCAGGAAAAGACUUCGACGUGUUUAUGGAGCCCCUCGUAGAAGAACUGCAGCAGCUCUGGAUGGGUGUACGUACCUACGAUGCCCUGAGUCGCGAUAAAUUUGAUCUCCGUGCUGCAAUCAUAUGGUGUAUUCAUGAUUUCCCGGCACUGCACACUUUGUGCGGGAGGAUCACAGCAGGCUAUCAGGCGUGUGUGUGGUGCGACAAAGAGCCUUGCUCGAAAAGAAUAAGGAACAAGAUUUGCUUCAUCGGCCAUCGCCGCUUUCUUCCUCGAACCCAUCGGUGGCGAAAAAGCAAAGAUUUCAAUGGUGAGGCUGAAACCCGUGAGAAGCCGUCGGAAUUCACUAAAGAAGAGCUGCAACAGCAACUUGACAAGGUCAAGGAUGUGAGACCUGGAAAGCUUCAAAAGAAAAGAAAGCGGGAGGAAGGCCAAUGCUGGAGCCGGAGGUCGUGUUUGUGGGACUUGCCAUACUGGUCAGAGCUGAAGUUGAGGAAUAAUCUCGAUGUAAUGCACAUCGAGAAAAACAUCUGCGACAACCUGCUUGGGACAUUUCUGAACAUAGAAGGGAAGACAAAGGACACACUUAAUUCAAGGCUAGAUUUGGAAGACAUGGGCAUAAGAAAAGAGUUGCAUCUACGGCCUGUUGAAGAUGGAGAAUCAUUUGAAAUGCCCGAAGCAUGGUAUAUGAUGAGUAAACAAGAGAAGCUUGCAUUCUGUGAAUUUAUAAUGGCUGUGAGGUUUCCAGAUGGGUAUGCGGCUAACCUAUCCAAGUGUGUUUCUGCUGAUGGAUGCAAGCUUCAAGGGCUGAAAACACAUGACUGCCAUAUCUUGCUUCAAAGAAUAUUACCGGCAGGCCUCCGAGGAAUUAUGCAUCACGACAUAUAUGAAGCAGUUGCUGAACUAGGAAACUUCUUUAGAGAAUUGUGCUGCAAAACAUUGAAGCGAGAUGUUCUGGAAAGACUUGAAAGGGAAAUCCCAGUUAUCCUUUGCAAGCUUGAGAAGAUCUUCCCGCCAUCAUUCUUCGAUGUGAUGGUCCAUUUGGCUGUGCAUCUACCAAAAGAAGCAUUGCUUAGAGGCCCUGUACAGUAUGGUUGGAUGUUCCCAAUUGAGAGAAGGUUGCUUACAUGUAAGCGCUAUGUGCGGAACACGGCUAGACCUGAGGGAUCAAUUGCGGAAGCAUAUGUUGUUGAUGAGUGUCUGACAUUUUGCUCAAGGUACUUCGACGAUAUGGAAAUGAGAUUUAACUGGCCGGGCAGAAAUAUAGAGCGGGAUGAUUCUCAUGUUGGUGAUAUCUCUGUGUUCAAGCACGGUGUGAACUUCAUUGGAGCGUCAGAAUACUUGGAGGCUGGUGCUGAAUAUGACAAGAUGGUUUGGCUGUGCAAGGAAGAGUUGCAGCAGCAAGGUGGUAAUAUAAAUGUUGAUAAAUGGCUUGCGAAUGGAUUUGCUAAAUGGUUUCAGGCUCAUAUUGGAAAUUUGCAAGAUAUCAGUGCUGAUCUGUAUGCUUUGGCGUGCCAACCGGACAAGAGAGUGAGGGUGUAUUCAGCAUGUAUUGUUGAUGGCGUCCGGUACCACACUGUUGACAGGGAGCAAAAUAGGAAGAUGCAAAACUGUGGGAUUGUUUCCGAGGGAAAACAUGACAAUGAGUACAUUGAUUUCUACGGUCAGCUCAAAGGCAUCAUCAAGUUGCAGUACAACUCCAGUGAAGGCGUCCAUCGUUCGGUGGUCUUAUUUCGGUGUGACUGGUUUGAUCUAGGUGGCAAGAAGAAGACCGGAGUGCGGGAUGAUGGGCACUUCAAAAGCAUUAACACAGGCAGAUGCUGCAUCGACAUCUCUGGAGUGUGGCUGAAAAUGAACUUGAAAAGGGAGUCGGUGAAUUUGCAAGACCAUAACUUGAAUUUCAUAUACAUCACCUACAGACCAAAAGCAACCUAUACAGCCAUAACUUGCAUGUCCAGGAGACCAUAA